AUGGACACGGCUGGGUAUUUACCAAACGUCAGUGUCAGCACACUUUUGCCAACAGUGCUGAACGAGACGGAUGAGUACGAAGAAGAAGGGUUGGUGUUCCUCCCGAAUGGUGAGGAGUCUUACUCAACCAGCGUGGCGACCGCUGUGUGCUUUUCCGUCAUCUUCUUCCUCAGUGUGAGCGGGAACACCCUGGUCCUCUGCAUUCUGGGCUUCUACGAGAACCUGAGACAUGUCACCAACCUAUUCAUCCUGAACCUAGCCGUGUCUGACCUGGUCUUCGCCUCCACACUCCCCUUCUGGACCACCUACCACCUCUUCCACUGGGUCUUCGGUGACGUCCUUUGCAAGCUCCUGAGCGGCGCCUACUUCGUAGGCCAAUACAGCAGCCUGAUGUUCCUGACCGUCAUGACGGUCGACCGUUAUGUGACCGUGCUCCACGGCUCCCCAGGUGUACUGAGGAAGAGGAGGGUCUGCGCCCGGGUGUCGUGUGUGGCCGUGUGGGUGGUCAGCAUCUCGGCCUCCGUGCUGGACAUGGUCUUCUCGGAGGCCAGGGAGGAUAGCCAGGGUCGCUUGGAGUGUGAGACGGUCUCCGGCAGCCCUGCCAAUCACCAGGUGGUGUACUACCUGCAGAUUAGCCUGCUGUUCCUGCUCCCGCUGUGCAUCAUCACUUUCUGCUACUCCAGGAUCCUCAAGGUCACCAUGAGACGCAUCGCCCGGAAGAAGCACAAGACCGUGACGGUCAUCCUGUGCAUCGUGGUGGCCUUCUUCGUGUGCUGGAUGCCCUACAAUCUGUUGCUGCUCCUCGAGGUGGUCUACAGUGGCGACAACAGCUUCAUGGUGAGGCUGGACACGGCCUUCACCUUCUGCCACAUCCUGGCGUACUCGCACUGCUGCCUGAACCCCCUCCUGUACUCCUUCACACAAAAGUUCAGGGGGCACCUGUCCAGGCUCCUCCACCGCUAUCCUCUGCGGCGAACAGCAGGGGGCGACAGGCAAAGUACUGCGCACAGCGUCUCAAACAUCAUUCAGAAUGCGGUGGUGAUGCCCGACAACCUCUCUAUGUCAGGUCCCGGAAAUGGAGCCUGCACGGAGUUAAAAGAGCUCAAAGCUCAGGCUUAG